AUGGCGAAGCACUCACUCGAAGGGGAAGUUGAUCAUGCAAGAAAAAUCUUUGACCAAAUGGGUAGAAGAGACUCAGUUUCUUGGAAUGUAAUGAUCAAGAGCUACAUUGAAAACAAUAGGAUUUUUGAUGCAAGAGAAAUGUUUGAUAAAAUGCCCGUGAAGACCUCAGUCACUUUGAAUACCAUGAUCAUGGGUUAUAUUAAGGCAGGAAAAACACACAUUGCAUUGAAGCUUUUUACAGUGAUGCCUGAUAAAGAUGUCGUCAGCUGGACGGCUAUAGUUACUGGGUUGUGCUGCGCUUCACAGGUUGAUGACGCUUGGCACUUGUUUGAGCAAAUGCCUGAGGCCAAUUCAGUUUCUUGGUCUUCGAUUAUUUCAGGUUUUCAGCAAAAUGGGUUUGUCUGUGAAAGCUUGAAUGUCUUUAAGAAAAUGCUGGUGGAUGGGACUCAACCAAAUUCUCAUUCAUUUACUAGUGCUUUGGCUGCUUGUGCUAAUUUAGCUAUGGUUUCACCAAGUGAGCAAUUUUAUUGUCAGUUGUUUAAGAGGGGCUUUGAGGGGAAUACUUGUAUUGGAAAUUCAGCAAUUUCGAUGUUUAUGAAGUCUGGGGAUGGAAAUCACCAGGAAACAGAUAAAAUUUUCACAAUUAUUGAGUUAUUAGCUGAGGAUACCGAUAGAUGUAGUUUAAGAUUGGAGGGUUUGGACUAUAGCUAG